ACAGAUAUCCAUUACUGCAGUUCUUCAUUUACAUGUUAACAUGAUUCAACAAUAAACAAACUUUACACCCCAGUGAAUAAUUUUUUUCCCACUUGCAUUCAUUAUGUCAUAAUUUGCUUUCAAAUGUUCACACCUGUAGUUAGUUGUAAAUAAGAACUCUAUUUUUAAAAUGAUUACAUCCACAGAGAUGCAUCCGCCGGACAGUGGCGUGGACAGCCCUGGGUUCAGUGAUACAGCGACCACUGAACUAAUAAGCCGUACAGACAGUGAGCACACCUCCUCCGCUGACGAGUGGGUCCAGCAGGGCCCCAAUCUUCCUCCUCUUUUCCCUCCUCAUCCACCUCCACCUCCACCUCCUCCUCCACCUCUUCCCAUUUUACCUCUUCAGGAGGAUCUAGAAGAUGUAAUGGGAGUAUUAGAUGUAGCAUCUUAAACUCAAGUGUAGCUGCCACUGUUUUGGUAAUGUUCUUUUUCCUCCCUCUCUGCAGUAUUUUGCCGAUGAUGAAGAAGAUUUUUAAUAAAUAUAUAUAUUUUUAAACUUAAAGAUCAUUAUGGUGUCCUUCUCUCAUUAUUAUUGAUCAUAUAAAAUUAUCACUGGUCUACACACAGAUUUCUCUGUAAAGAAAACCAGAGACAAUUUAAACUGAUUUCUUCUUAUUUUUUAUUUAUUAUUAUUGUUGUUAUUAUUAUUAUUUUUUUUGUAAAUGUGAACAAUGUGCCAUGAGGAAGUUCUUGGGGGUCCCUAUACAUGAUUAAAUAUUAAUGUUAUUAUUGGUGAUAUACUUGCUGGAUAGAUUAAUUACAGUUGUGCAAAAAGACUCACAGAUAUUCACAGAAGGUGCUGGAACCCUACAGGUCAUACUUAGAAGGGAGAGGUUAUUAUGUGAGUAUAGGAGAGCACAAGUCUAA